AACAUCAUACAAACAAAACAGCUUCAUCGUCCUCGAUCUCCACUUUCCCAGAAGCCAGGAAAAUCUGCAUCUCCUCUGUGUGCUCACACGAUGUCGAAGAAGAACCUCUGCACGCCCGUUUCUUUUCUUUUGCGGCGUUCUUUAACUUCGUUUCCUCAGCACUUCACUUCCAAUUUUUCUCCUCACAUUAAACUCUCUCUUCUUCACCAUGCAUCACCUCACCAUCCUCCUCCUCGCGCUCUCACCUUCGAUUUCAACUGUUCUCCGGGGAUUUCCUGGAAAAGCUUAUGCUCUAAAUCUGCCGUGGAAAUCCAAAGUGGGUGCUGGAAUUGCCAUGCUCCACCUCACUCCGCACCUUUCCUCGUAUGCGACUCGUGUCGGUGCAUUCAACCCGUCGAUGGUUCCAUAGACUAUUUUGAGAUAUUUGGGGUGGAGAGGAAGUAUGAUCAAGAAGGUGAGAAUUUCGAGGUCAAGUACAAAGAGUGGCAAAAGAAGCUGCAUCCUGAUUUAGUACAUUCAAAAUCUCAGAAAGAAAGAGAUUUUGCUGCAGAACAAUCUGCAAGGGUGAUUGAUGCCUACCGGACACUUAGCAAGCCUUUGUCAAGAGGAAUUUACUUGCUGAAGCUUAAUGGAGUAGAAAUCGAUGAAGAGCAGACAAUAUCAGAUCCAGAACUACUGGCAGAGAUUCUGGAAAUCAGGGAAGCAGUUGAAGAAGCUACAAACGCAGAGGCUUUGAAUUGCAUUCUCUCCCAGAUGCAGGAGAAGCUGCAAAUUUGCUCUAAUACCUUAGGUCAUGCUUUUCAAAACCAGAAUUUUGAAGAAGCGAAAUUGGCAAUUAGGAGAAUGACUUAUUAUAGUCGAGUAAUUGAUGAAGUCAUAAAGAAGCUUUGAUAUUAGCAAGCUUGAGAUAAAAAUUUGAAGAUAUGAUGAAGUCUACAAGUUGGCCGAACCAAUAAUAAAAGCUGUCAAAAAUCUCAUGAGAAGAGUCAACAUCACCCCUCCUUGGGGGCAGGCAACUUGGACCAGCUGGACGGAUUCAUUGGAAGUGUGCAUCAAGAAGUUAGAAGUUGAGAAGAUUGGUCAAAGAGGAGUUGAAUUAGUUAGAAAAGGAGCCUUUGUAGUUAGGAAACUCAUUGUAUCUAGAAUUUGGCAAAAGCUUUCAUUCAUGUACUUUCUUUUGUUUAAAUAGACUAGCCUAGGAGGAUAGAAAACACACCACCACCACUUCUAAACAUCCAUCCCUUCACACAUAGCUUUCUCUUAGUUUUGUUCAAGUUUCUAGGAGUUCUUUGGGUUGCUGUUUACUGGAAAAAGGUUGGAGAGCCAAGACUACAAUGUGACCAAGAGUUCCUCCAACCCCAUUCGAGUGAUUGUAAUCCUUCCUAAGACUCUAUCUUGUAUUCAUUUUCAGAUUUAAUGUAAUUCAGAUUUUCUAGA